AUGCUGUUGCUGACGCUCUGCUCUCUGCACCUGACGCUCUGCUCUCUGCACCUGACGCUCUGCUCUCUGCACCUGACGCUCUGCUCUCUGCACCUGACGCUCUGCUCUCUGCACCUGACGCUCUGCUCUCUGCACCUGACGCUCUGCUCUCUGCACCUGACGCUCUGCUCUCUGCACCUGACGCUCUGCUCUCUGCACCUGACGCUCUGCUCUCUGCACCUGACGCUCUGCUCUCUGCACCUGACGCUCUGCUCUCUGCACCUGAUGCUCUGCUCUCUGCACCUGACACUCUGCUCUCUGCACCUGACGCUCUGCUCUCUGCACCUGACGCCCUGCUCUCUGCACCUGACGCUCUGCUCUCUGCACCUGACGCUCUGCUCUCUGCACCUGACGCUCUGCUCUCUGCACCUGACACUCUGCUCUCUGCACCUGACGCUCUGCUCUCUGCACCUGCUCUCUGCACCUGACACUCUGCUCUCUGCACCUGCUCUCUGCUCUCUGCACCUGAUGCUCUGCUCUUUGCUCUCUGCACCUGACACUCUGCUCUCUGCAGCUGACGCUCUGCUCUCUGCACCUGAUGCUCUGCUCUCUGCACCUGCUCUCUGCACCUGA